GGCCCUCCCUCCGUCCCCUCGCCACACCUCCCGCCGCUACCGUGUCGUCCGGCCGUCGUCGCCUGUCUGCCCCCCCGCUCGCCGCCGCGGCAGCGCGCCCGAGCCCCGUCCCCAGAUCGCCGCGGUGCUUCCCGCCGGCGUCCGCGCGGCGCAGGUUCGGAAAUCUAUUUGGCCAUGCUGGUAGUGGCCGCGUGUUAAGUCCAUCUCUGGUUUGAAAGACACACACACACACGCCAAUAUGCUUCAAUGACAUCUGGAAACUGGAAUAGUAUGUGCUGAUUAUAUAUGCUUCAUCAGCUGAUUAUCAAUGGGCUCUUUCCUAAGGAAACAGCCCAGCUACCUCUUCAUUUUGAUAAUUCUGCACCUUGUUGCUCAUGAGGCAAGAACACUGAGUUCGGAUGGGGAAGCACUUCUUGCCUUCAAGAAGGCAGUUACAAAUUCAGAUGGGGUCUUUCUAAAUUGGCACGAGCAAGAUGCAGACCCCUGCAAUUGGAAGGGUGUUAGAUGCGAUAGUCAUAGCAAGAGAGUGAUUAAUCUGAUUCUUGCAUAUCACAGAUUAGUUGGACCAAUACCGCCAGAAAUUGGAAGGUUAAAUCAGUUGCAAACUUUAUCACUGCAGGGGAACAGUUUGUAUGGUUCACUCCCUCCUGAAUUGGGAAACUGUACCAAGCUGCAGCAAUUGUAUCUACAAGGAAAUUAUUUAAGUGGAUACAUCCCUUCAGAAUUUGGUGAUCUGGUGGAACUUGGGGCAUUGGACUUAUCCAGUAAUACGUUGAGCGGAUCUAUUCCACAUUCUCUUGAUAAGCUGUCCAAACUUACAUCAUUCAAUGUUUCCAUGAACUUCCUGACAGGAGAAAUACCAUCUUCUGGUUCACUUCUCAAUUUCAAUGAGACAUCCUUCGUUGGGAACCUUGGUUUAUGUGGGAAGCAGAUUAACUCAGCAUGCAAAGAUGCACUUCAAUCACCAUCAAAUGGUCCUCAGUCACCUUCAGAUGACGUGUUCAAUAAAAAGAACGGGAAAAAUUCUACCAGACUUGUUAUUAGUGCAGUAGCAACAGUUGGAGCUCUCCUAUUGGUGGCUUUAAUGUGUUUCUGGGGUUGCUUUCUUUACAAGAAUUUUGGAAAGAAAGAUAUGCGUGGUUUCAGGGUUGAGCUAUGCGGAGGCUCUUCUGUUGUGAUGUUCCAUGGGGACCUUCCAUACUCCUCAAAAGACAUCCUCAAGAAACUAGAGACUAUGGAUGAGGAAAAUAUCAUUGGAGCAGGGGGCUUCGGAACUGUUUAUAAACUUGCCAUGGAUGAUGGGAAUGUCUUUGCGUUGAAACGAAUAGUGAAAACAAAUGAAGGACUAGAUCGGUUCUUUGAUAGAGAACUUGAGAUAUUGGGAAGUGUUAAACAUCGUUAUCUGGUCAACCUUCGUGGUUACUGCAACUCUCCUUCAUCCAAACUGUUGAUAUAUGACUAUCUUCAAGGUGGAAGCCUGGAUGAAGUAUUGCAUGAAAAGUCUGAACAGUUGGAUUGGGAUGCACGUAUUAACAUAAUACUAGGAGCUGCAAAAGGCUUGUCAUAUUUGCAUCAUGACUGUUCACCUCGAAUAAUACAUCGUGAUAUUAAGUCGAGCAACAUCUUACUUGACGGCAACUUUGAGGCCCGUGUAUCAGACUUUGGACUGGCAAAACUAUUAGAGGAUGAAGAAUCACAUAUUACUACAAUAGUUGCAGGAACAUUUGGUUACCUUGCACCAGAGUACAUGCAAAGUGGCAGAGCCACUGAGAAGACUGACGUCUACAGCUUUGGGGUUCUGGUACUUGAAAUACUGAGUGGAAAGCGGCCUACUGAUGCAUCAUUCAUUGAGAAGGGAUUAAACAUUGUUGGAUGGUUGAAUUUUCUGACUGGUGAGCAUCGGGAGAGGGAAAUUGUCGAUCCCAACUGUGAAGGUGUGCAGAUUGAGACCUUAGAUGCUCUGCUUUCUCUAGCCAAGCAAUGUGUAAGCUCUUUGCCGGAGGAGCGGCCGACAAUGCACAGGGUGGUACAGAUGCUGGAGUCGGAUGUAAUUACGCCAUGCCCUAGCGAUUUCUACGAUUCAGAGUAGUCUCCUGGACAAGCCACACUGCCCCUAGUUUCCCGUCGAGGCGCAUUCCUUUAUUCUUUGCAGAUACUGUGUAAAUGCAUUGCCGCGGUGUUUGGUGUCCAAUGGGCUGGUUCAACGGGUGACAUUUUUGCGUCUGUAUACCUAUGUAUGUAUCCGUCCUGUGCUACAGAGCUAUUAUGUUGAUUUAAUAAGAGAACUUACCAGUA